CUGUAUUCGUUGAUAUUUUUCUGUGUAUUUAUUUUGAUUCCUUUCGUAUAUUUCUAUUACGAGGAGAAAAGCGAAGAGGGAUUCACUUCGGAAGGGCGCUUUUGUGGUGCAUUCAAAUAUAGUGUCGGCUUUCUAUUCGUUGCCGUUAUUCUCCUAUUGAUUGGGGCUUUCAUACCGUUACACGAAUAUCAUCCACACAACAACGGAACGAAUAGCAGUUCCGAAUGGAUCGAUGACAUGAAGUUCAUAAUCGAUGACUUGAGCCGAAACCGUGGCGAAGACGCGCUGUCUAUGGUGUUAAGCAUACUGUCAUCGGUGGGAGUGAUCUAUUUGGUGAUCUUCACGGGCUUUGGUAUGUCUUCGUUUCCCAUCGGUUUGAUUCGAGGCACUCGAAGCGCUCGUAUGGAAAUCGAACGCAUCCAAGACUCACAUCUCGCCAAUCAAACGAAGAUCAAUGCACUCAGAGAUCGGGAGCGCAUC